AUGGAUUAUGAUGAUGAUAGUGAUGAACCUAUGGAUUUGGAUCAACACCAACGCAAAUUUUUUGAUGUUGGUCCUUUUGAUCCUAGAAGAGUGGAUUUGAAUAAACCUGCAAUGACUGCUGAGGAAUAUUUGAAACAAGUAAUUGUGGAUCGUAGUCAACAACCAGCUAUUGCAGUUGCUUCAAAUUUAAGUCUUAUUAUGGCCCAAAGUUCAACAAGUGCAACAACUUCAAGAAUCACAAAUUGUUUAGAAAAUCAACUUGAAAUUUUUACUACUCGAUUCGGGCCAGAUAGUGAAUGGAGAACUGCCAAGGUCAAUGAAUUUUCGUUGAAUCGUUCACUUUUGGAAGAUAAGAAAGCUCCUCCAGAUAUUUUGGCUGAUAUUAAACUUCCUACACCGUUAACAUAUUGGCUAGCAUUUAGAUUGCUUAAUUUGAGUUCGGGUGUUCGGUGGAGUUUGGGUGGUGAUUCACAGGGUUGGUGUCAAUUAUGUUUUGAAAGAAGAAUUCCAGAACUAGACAUUAACGAGGAAGACAAAGAAAAAUUGGAAAAAUUUGCACAUCAUAAGGGUAUACCUCCAAUGUUGGGAUUGGUUAGAUGUUUGAAUGAUAAUUUGGUGAAUCAUCUUAUUAUGCACCAAACUGAGGUAAAAUUUAUGUUUAUUUUAUACAAAACAUUUUUUUGUUUUGUUGGGAACGUGUUUGUUUUGAAAUGUUUCCUAUGCUUUUCUCAUGUUUUUCUUUUAUUCUGGUUAUGUUUUUAUUUGUUUUAUAAUUAUGUAAUCGAAAAUGGACAUAGCCGUGCUAUUCUUGAAUGGAUUUAUGCAUUAUUGUUGGUUGUUAAAAAGCCGUUGCUUCAAGAUGUUGUUGCACGAUUGCGUGAUUUUUGCCGUAAAUGUCGUGAAUGGCGAUCUCAAAUGGAUGAGGAUGAAUUGGAUAAAAUAUAUGAAUUGAGUUGGUUCAUCACUAUGUAA